AUGUGUGAUCCGUGUUGCGGCCCUUGCGAUCCGUGCUAUCCCUGUUAUCCUUGCAGACCGUGCAAGAGCCGUGAGCUUAGAGGAGGAAAUCUAAUCAUGUCCUGCGAGUGUCUGAAGAGAAACGGUUUGCAGCACGAUUGUCCGCGAUGGGAGUGUCAGGCUAAACCCUGUUGUCUCACCAAACCAGAAGCUACGUGCUGUCCGUCGCGAUGGGCUCGGCGCUAUCGAUUCUUGACGAUGGGCCGGAAGAGUAAAUUCGACUGUCCGGCAUUGAAAACCGUGUCGACGGCUGGUGGUGGCUGCAAUCCGUGUACCGUCGGACCGUGCUCAUCUCCGUGCGAUCCGUGCUGUUUGCCGGCCGUGUGCAGUCCAGCCGCCUGUUACGACUCCUGCUGUGUUCCUGUUUGCAAACCAAUUUGCUGUUUUCUGCCAUAA